ACAAGAAACGUCAUCAAAACGCGUCGACUAUACUCGUGCGUCACAACGUUGGCGGAAAAGCUUCGAAUGGCCGUUUGUUCCCGACGAAGGUCUUGAAAUGCCGAUGAAAGGAAGCUUCCCGAUCAGGAGGACGUUACAGUAUCUCCAGAAAGGCGACAUCAUCUUCAAAAGCCGAGUGAAGAUCAUGACGGUCAACUACAACACGCACGGAGAGCUCAGCGACGGAGCAAGGAAAUUUGUCUUCUUCAAUAUCCCCCAGAUUCAGUACAAGAACCCGUGGGUCCAAAUAAUGAUGUUCAAAAACAUGACCCCGUCGCCCUUCUUGAGAUUUUACUUGGAUGACGGCGAACAGGUGCUGGUGGAUGUGGAAGGCAAGGAGCACACCGACAUCGCUAAACACAUCAGGACCAUUUUGGGCAAAUCCCAGACGGUGUUGGAGGGAGAAGCGCAAGCGAAGAUGCAGGCGUCCAACCCCGCCAACUUUGGCCCCAAAAAGUACUGCCUGCGAGAGUGCAUCUGCGAGGUGGACGGUCAGGUGCCCUGUCCCGGCACCACGCCGCUGCCCAAAGAGAUGACAGGCAAGUAUCGCGCCCGAAUGAAGGCGGAACGGGACUGACGAGAAGAACAGACUUUUUUUUUUUUUUUUGCCCGUCGCAAAUUCACGAGGAGCUUUGUCCGGCGACGUUUUUGUCGUUGGAGAACCCGGAAAGAUGCCAGGAAAGGCGACGGGUCUGGCAUUCUUCUUGGCGCGCCGUUGAAAGCAGACUUCCAACAGAGUGUGAAUCCAAGGUGCCUCACCAGAGAUCUAGUUCAAAUCCAAAGCUGGGGGGGCCGGGGGGGGGGGGGGGGUUCUCCUUCCGCCUGGCGCAGACAAGCGAGAGUUGAGGCGGUGCAGCCGGCCUUUCUUUGGACUUGACAUACAUCUUGUGUGACGCAGCUCCCGCCCCCCCCCCCCCACACACACAAGCGAGCGGACUCAACGUUCACCCAGCAAAAUGACAAAUCAGACUUGAAAACUUGUUUACUUGUGCUCGCAUGUUAAUAAACAAUCCAAAGUGUU